AUGGGAAGACUUAUCAAGAACCACUGGGCGAGGCUCAUCAUCCUCACUGCCGGAGCUUACCAAAUCGCAGCGGCAAUUGAAGGAUUUUUCUGGCCCAAAAUUUUCUGGGACUUCGCCACCAAGACACUUGAUGCGGCCGUGAAGCCCUUCCCGGUACUACAGAUCAUCAAUCUGGUGAUGGGAAUAUGGGUGGUGGCAUGGGAGUGGCCUCUCAACUUCAUCGCCGGCACGGCCAUCCACCGAAGCCUCGAGGCUCGCCUGGCCUUCCUGCCUCUGGCAGCGCUUGCCGCCGUCUUGACAUAUCAAGGGACAAACGCCGCCCUGUACUACCUAGUCGCUAUGAUUGUUGAAUUCUGGGCAUUUUCUGAAGGCGAGGUUAUCUGUGCUAAACCCUGGACAUUACCGAAGCGAGGCGGCGGUGGACAACCGGCAUAG